GCGGCUCCGGCGCGUCCCCUGUGCCCCACGCCCGCCGACUCGCGGGGCACUUUGCUCUGGCGUCCGCCUCCCCGGCUCUGACGACCGGCCGCCCUUAUAAAGGGGACAGUGGCCAAUACUGGAUCGAUCGCCACUUGGCCGCGCCGAGCGCCCCGCGCCGCGCCCACACCUGUCAACUUCGCGCGCGCAGCGAUUCUGGAGACUCGGGGUGCGGAGCCUCGGGAGCCGGACCCUCCUGGCCUGCCGCCCUGCGCCCCCACCACACGCCAGUGUCCGGUGCAGCCUCCGCCGAGAGGAGCCUGAACCCGCGGAGCGCUUCCCUGCGCGGCGGCCACUCCAGAAGUCUUAAUGAAGUAGCUGCCGCGGCAGAGCCCAAAGCCCUCAGUGACAAUGGAUUUCCAGGUGGAAGGGCUGGUAGCCAUCGUGGUGUUCUACCUUCUCAUCUUGCUGGUUGGCAUCUGGGCUGCCUGGAGGACCAAGAACAGUGGCAGUGCGGAGGAGCGUAGCGAGGCCAUCAUCGUGGGCGGCCGCGACAUCGGGCUGCUGGUGGGCGGAUUCACCAUGACAGCCACCUGGGUUGGAGGAGGCUACAUCAACGGGACAGCUGAGGCCGUGUAUGUUCCAGAUUACGGCUUGGCAUGGGCUCAGGCACCCAUUGGAUAUUCUCUUAGUCUGAUUUUAGGUGGUCUAUUCUUUGCAAAACCCAUGCGUUCCAAGGGCUACGUGACCAUGCUAGACCCCUUCCAGCAGAUCUACGGGAAGCGCAUGGGUGGGCUUCUGUUCAUCCCUGCACUGAUGGGAGAGAUGUUCUGGGCGGCAGCCAUCUUCUCAGCCUUAGGAGCCACCAUCAGCGUGAUCAUCAGGGCCAGUGUGCACAUGUCUGUCAUCGUCUCAGCGCUCAUCGCCACCCUGUACACCCUGGUGGGUGGUCUUUACUCUGUGGCCUACACAGAUGUCGUUCAGCUCUUUUGCAUUUUCGUGGGACUGUGGAUCAGCGUGCCGUUCGCACUGUCCAACUCUGCAGUUGCUGACAUUGGCUUCACAGCCCUGCACACCAAGUACCAGAAGCCCUGGCUGGGGACCAUUGAGCCAUUUGAAAUCUACACGUGGCUUGACAGCUUUCUGUUGUUGAUGCUGGGUGGAAUCCCGUGGCAAGCCUACUUCCAGAGGGUCCUGUCUUCAUCCUCCGCCACCUACGCUCAGGUGCUGUCUUUCCUGGCAGCUUUCGGGUGCCUGGUGAUGGCUCUGCCAGCCGUGCUCAUUGGAGCCAUUGGCGCAUCGACAGCCUGGAACCAGACUGCAUACGGGCCUCUUGCUCCCAGGGAAAAACAGGAGGCAGACAUGAUCUUGCCGAUUGUCCUCAAGUAUCUCUGCCCCGUGUACAUUUCUUACUUUGGUCUUGGAGCCGUUUCUGCUGCUGUCAUGUCCUCAGCAGAUUCUUCCAUCUUGUCAGCAAGUUCGAUGUUUGCUCGCAACAUCUACCAGCUUUCAUUCAGACAAAAUGCUUCCGACAAGGAGAUCGUCUGGGUCAUGCGCAUCACGGUAUUCGUGUUUGGAGCUUCUGCGAUGACCAUGGCCUUGCUGACGAAGACGGUGUAUGGGCUCUGGUACCUGAGCUCUGACCUGGUCUACAUCAUCAUCUUCCCGCAGUUGCUCUGCGUGCUCUUCAUCAAGGGUACCAACACGUAUGGGGCGGCGGCAGGUUACGUCUCGGGCCUUUUCCUGCGAGUCACUGGCGGGGAGCCCUACCUGAACCUGCAGCCUUUGAUCUUUUACCCUGGCUACUACAUUGAUAAAGGUGGCAUAUAUAACCAGAGAUUCCCAUUUAAAACUCUCGCCAUGGUGACCUCAUUCUUAUCCAACAUUUGCAUCUCCUAUCUAGCCAAAUACCUGUUUGAAAGUGGAACCUUACCACCAAAAUUGGAUGUAUUCGAUGCUGUUGUCGCAAGGCACAGUGAGGAAAACAUGGACAAGACGAUUCUGGUUAGAAAUGAAAACAUUAAACUAGAUGAACUCGCACCUGUGAAGCCACGGCAGAGCAUAACUCUCAGCUCGACCUUCACCCAUCAGGAGGCCCUCCUGGAAAUGGAUUCAAGUCCAGAGGGCUCUGGGACUGAGGAUAAUUUACAGUAACCACAUCCGCAUAAAACUCUGCUUUCUCAGAGCAUUAGAGCAGACUAGUCCUGGAAGGGUGGUUUGCGGCUUAUACAGUAUAUU